AAUAAAAGAAUAUGCUUGCAGUUGCUAACGUCAUCAAACUGUUUUUGUGUGUGUGUUUUUUGUAUUUAAAAGUAUAAACCAACAAAAAUCAGUCUUAUCCUGGAAUUAAUAAGGAAGCAUUGUGUUUCGAACCUAAAUAAAUUUAGUUCUUGCGCAAUUGGUACAUCCAAAUUCAGCAUCAGUUGAGAUGCAUCCGUAUUCUUUUACUUUACUGGGUUGUUCUAUUUGUGGACUUUUUCCUAUAAAUUUUUCCAAAAGUUGUGAUGAAAAUAAAAAUAAACAAUUAGCCUUUUAAUUAGAAAGAAAAGUUGUUAGAAAUGCGCGGGGAAGAAACUUAUCGUCGAGUAACUCGGGAAAAACUAGUUGUUCGAGGAAAUACAACAAUAAGAACAUUGGACUCAACAACAUCAUUUCUACCAACAAUUGAGAGUUCUUCCUCAACACCUGCUGGUCUCUCACAUAUGGCCAGGAUGAUGGAUUCAUUAAUACUUGAUCAAUAUCCACCAUUUACUUUCACAAAAAUAACAACCACUCAUAGACCAACAAGAACUGGAACUGUAAAGAAAACUGCUACAACUACGACUAUGGGAGGAUUGGCUUCAGCAUCUAAUCUUGGUCCAGUCUCAGGAAUAAGACUGAGUUCUCAAAAAAACCGUUUGCCAACUCAAGAAGUUCCACCUCAACCAAGAUCAACAAGUUUUACAAUAAAUAACUCUCCACCACUUGGUCACAAUGGCACCAUCAACAACAACAAUCUUGGCAAUACAAAUACCAACUCUCUUCCAAAUCCAACAGAUAACCGAUGGAUUUCUUCACUCCGCCGAAGAGAUCCAGAAUUGCAACCCACAUUGCCGUCGAUUAAUUUAAGCCAUCAUGGAAGUUCUAAUAAUAUUGGUCUUUCGAGUACAGCUGAAAAACUUCGUUCACGCAGCAACAAAGUUUCAACAACUUCAAGAAAAAGCCGUUCUGUAGAACGAAUUCGGGCUAGAAAACUUACUUCACAAAUUAAAUUAAAGGAAAAGGUCAAGAAAAACUCUGUCGAUUUGGAUAACUCUAAUUCUGAUGAUCAGGAAGCAACAUCAUUAGACGAGAAUUCAACAUCACAAAACACACCAAAAGGUUCACCGAAAACCAAAUCAAAAGUCUUCGCACCAAUUGGAUUUGAACCUCAUUUAGUGGAUGCUUUAGAAAAAGAUAUUCUACAAAGGCAUCCGGGUGUCAAGUGGAUUGAUGUGGCUGGUCUAAAUGAGGCAAAAGCUAUUCUCCAAGAAGCCGUUGUUCUUCCGAUUAUAAUGCCUGAUUUUUUUAAAGGCAUUCGUCGGCCUUGGCGUGGUGUUCUUAUGGUUGGUCCGCCUGGCACUGGGAAAACAAUGAUGGCUAAGGCUGUCGCUACAGAAUGUGGAACUACAUUCUUUAAUGUUUCUUCGUCGACCCUUACUUCAAAAUACAGAGGUGAAAGUGAAAAAUUGGUGAGACUACUAUUUGAAAUGGCAAGAUUUUAUGCACCAAGCACAAUAUUUAUUGACGAAAUUGAUGCAUUAUGUGCAUCACGUGGAAGUGAAACCGAACAUGAGGCAAGUCGAAGGUUCAAAGCAGAAUUGCUUAUUCAAAUGGACGGCUUAAAUGCAUCAAUGCAGGAGGAUAAGGUUAUUAUGGUUUUAGCAGCAACAAAUCACCCAUGGGAUAUCGAUGAAGCCUUUCGACGAAGGUUCGAGAAAAGGAUUUACAUUACUUUGCCUAACGAUGAAACUCGUUUGGCCUUACUUGACCUUUGUUUAAAAGAUGUUAACUUAUAUCCAGAGCUUGACACAAAAUAUAUUGGUGACCAGCUCAAAGGUUAUUCAGGUUCUGAUAUCAGCAAUGUGUGUCGUGACGCAGCAAUGAUGUCGAUGCGGCGUCGAAUAGUAGGUAAAUCACCUUCAGAAAUUAAGCAAAUCCGCAGAGAAGAUGUCGAUCUUCCCAUUACGCUUCAAGACUUUGAAGAUGCUAUGUUAAGAACUAAAAGAUCCGUAUCUGCUGAUGACGUUUGUCGAUUUGAAAAAUGGAUGCAGGAAUAUGGAUCAUGUUAGAUUAAUAAAAUCAUCCAAAUUCUAUAUAGAUGCUGUCAUUAUUUUUUGUUAGAAACAAAUAUAUAAUCAAUUUUUGUAA